AUGGGCGGUUCCGCCUCUGGGAAAACGACAUUUGCCAAGGCUUUGGCGGAAGCACUCUCGGAAUUCUCGCCUGUUGUGCUGAACCAAGACACCUAUUUCCGCGACUGGUCGGAAUACUCGGAUGCAGAACGCGAGCGCGUGAUCACCGCUAAUCACCCGGACGCUGUUCUAUGGGAUGCCCUCAUCACAGACAUCAAGAAACUACGCGCACGAGACGCUAUUGAUGUUCCUACCCCGGUACCCGUGGUGCACAACGCGGCGACGAAAAGACGAGCGUGCAACCGAGCGAUGUUGUCAUUGUGGAAGGACAUCUUAUCUAUUGGAGUGAAGACUUACGUGAUUUGA